UAACGCAGCGACGCGACGUCAAGGCCAGCAAGGCGAAUUAAUGUGCGUAUUGUGGCGUUGUUUUGAUGUCGUUAAGCGUGGCUCGUAGCAUAGCGAACAUCUGCGAGGUCGAUGAGGCAGAAAGUUUCGGUCGGACAUAGUUGACAUAUUUCGGUGGUGCGCCUCGGGCAGCAUAGGUCGAGUGACAGUGUUAGGGUACGAGCAGCAGCACCCGUUAGCAACGUGACGACGUGACCCACUUGGAAGUUUCCAGGUGGCUAUGUAGGUGCCAUCCGCUAACAUGAGCACUGCAAGUACCGAUGGCCCCUGCGAACGGCGCUACUGCUGGGUGUGCUUCGCAUCGGAAGACGAAGAGCGCGACGCAGCUUGGGUGCAGCCGUGCAAAUGCCGUGGAACUACGAAAUGGGUGCACCAGGCGUGCCUGCAGCGCUGGAUCGACGAGAAGCAGGGGGGUAACAGUGCGGCGAAAGUGGCGUGCCCGCAGUGCAGCAGCGAAUACGUGGUGGUGCUGCCCAGUCUCGGGGGUCCCGUUUAUCUGUUGGACCUGGUGGAUCGGAGCGUGUACCGCGCGUGCCCCUUUGUGGCGGCGGGACUCCUCAUGGGAUCGGUGUACUGGACGGCCGUCACGUACGGCGCCGUGACAGUGAUGCAAGUGCUGGGCCACAAGCAAGGCCUGAGUGUCAUGGAGCAGGCUGACCCGCUUUUCCUGCUCGUCGGCCUGCCAAGCAUCCCCGUAGUGCUGGUGCUGGCGCGCAUGGUGCGCUGGGAGGACUACCUGCUGCGACUGUGGUGGCGGCGAUCGGCGCCGCUGGCCAAAAGGUUGCUGCUUGUGGUACCGCCGCAGGAUCCGUUGUCAGCCACCAGGCUGCUGUGCGGCGCCUUGCUGCUGCCCACAGUGGCCAGUCUUGUAGGCCGGCUCUUUUUCGGCCGCCUGGCGCCCUCGCAGCGUAGCCUGCUCGGCGGCCUAGCCUUUGUCGCCCUCAAGGGUGCCGCAAAGAUCUACCUCAAGCGGCACCAGUACCUACGCCAGUGCCGCCGCCGCGUGCUCAACUACGAGCAACAGCAGCAGACUCCGCCACCCUAGGUCUGCGCGUGCAACACAGGGAUUUGUAGCUUUGGAUAUUUUAAAGCCACUUGGGUAGCGGUCGGUUUGCUUCUCAUUCUCGACACCAUCGUUCUUCACGGAAACCUUCAUUUGUGCUCCGCUAAAGGGCAGAUUUCAAUCGACUUGGUGUUCUUUGGGGUGAUAACUGCUGCACAUACUUUGCAAGGAUAGCUACUUCUGUGUGCUACAAAAAUAAGUUGUGCUCUGGUUCAGCAGGAUUCAUGUUUUUUAUGGAGGAAAAAAAAAUAUUAGUGUUGUGCCACAAAAUAAUUCCGAUAACGUGAAUUUAACUUGCGGAUGCUUGAAAUAAAAUAUGUGAUACACAGUGGUUAUAUGUAAAAAGUACUUCUAGUAUGGUUUAACAUCUAGUUUCAAUGCAUGUACAAUGAAAAUGUAAGCAAAGUUGCUUUGUACAGGACACACAUGACUUUGUGUUCAUAAUGUCCUAGUUCUGAUCAAAAUUUAGCAGCUUGUUUUUUGCACUGGCUGCUGUUAAAAUUGGUUACUUAGGAGGUUGAUAUGGCUCCAAUGUUUACAUUUAAUUGGUUACUGUAACACUCCAGCUGCGUGGAUCGUGUGGAGUUACACUCCCAGCUGUGUGGAUCGUGCCUUAACUGUCUUCUCACUGCACCUACGCAACAUUUCGUAGCUGCAUCCUUUCCUACUGUUAACAUUAUCAUUCAUUUAGCAGAACAAAGUGUGGUUUGCUGCAGCCUUCAUAUUUCGUCUUGUAUGCUCUCUUGGAUGCUGAUGUUCUUUCAGUGUUGUAUGAAUUUUUUCAAUGAAAAAGCUGAAAAGCACUAAGAGCUUGUGUGCUCAUAGAGAAGUGCACAUUUCUUACCAUUUUCAAGGUCAAUGUGAAAAUUAUGUCAGCUAGAAAUGAUUUUUAUUGAUAUUCCAUAUUCCACAAGAGCUGUACUUAAGUCAAUAUUUUGCGAGACUUGUGUCGUCACGCAUUUAAAAGUAGCAAUUUUAAUGGUGAACUUUACCUGGUGAGCUGGCUGCACAUCUCCUUUUCGCCAGCUCACCAGGUAAAGCCAGAUUUCACAAAACCAUAUGGUUUUGUGAAAACAUGCAUGUAAAAGCAAUCUUUGAUUUUUUUGUUAUAUGCAUUUGCGAAGUGGUGUAGCAAGAAGUGCAUUCUGGAUAUUGCAGUAUCCAGUUUCGGUUUGUGUAUUCCAGACCAUGUAGUAAGAAGCUAUUUUGCAUCACUUUUAUGUGUGCUAAACUAGUUGAUUAUUGCCACAAAAUCUUUGCUUCAGUUCAGAAGCAAAGGCUUCUGAGAACUAGUCAAGAAAGCUGACAUUGUAUUUCAACUUAUGAAAGAGUGCAGUAUUUUAGGUGUCAAAUCUAGCAGUCAUUUCUUUCGGUUUACUCCUUCUUUUGCACCAUCCUUCAUGUCUUAAAGGGACACUAAAGGCAAACAUUAAGUUGACAUGCUUUGUUGAAAUAAGGUUCCAAAAACCUCGUGCUUGUUUCGUGUCAAGGGAAUGUUUAGUUUAAAAGAAAAUCAUAUUUUAGUGGUCCGCAUACUGUUAGCAGAAUUCAAACUGCUCGCCUCCGAGAACAGCCUUCUGACGUAGCAUUUGCCAUGCCCACCCUCUGUUGCCCGACAGCCGACGCAGUGGAGCACAGCCCGGACAAACCGGAGCUUGCAUCGCUCUCAAGGGUGGUGUGAAGUAGUUCUUUUUUUUAAUUAAUCAGACUGAAAUGCACAAGUUAGAUUUUGUUUCCAUCUUAUAAUGCUCUGAAGUAUUCAUUUUUUUGUCAAGGGUAGUUUGAGUACUUGUGAUAAAUUUUACUAAUUCCACAAUGCCCCACUGGUGGUGCAAGUCGUGUCCUACAUUUACCUUAAUUUCUCGUUUGCUAAAGCAAUGCUGUGUACAGUAUUGUUUUGGCCAUUCUUAAGCAUUGACCUUUCAUUAUGAUAUGAAAUGUUAUUUGCCUUUAGUGUCCCUCUAAGUGUGUGGAAACACUGGCAAAAAAGCGGCAGACCACAGCAAUGAACUAGUUGGUGAAGAUUGUCUGACGAACAGCUCACAGACCCAUACAAGUGUGAUAAUACUCGUGCCACAUGAGCACAGAAAAUGACAUUCGAUAGUGAAGGCAUUCAGUUCCCAAAUGACAUUUUUUUCAGCGGAGCUGCUACACGUCCAUACUAAAUGACAUUUGACUUGAUGAUGUCGAUCGCAGCAUCUUCUGUAGUGAGCAGUUGUUGAGUAGUAAUAAAAAAAUAAACAUGCAUUUACAAGCUUCAAAUACCUCCGAGAUAUAAUUAAAUGUAGAAAUAAGCAUAUUACGGUGCCGUAAGCUUUAGUUCAUUGCUUUGUUUCACGACGUUGCAGCCGACCGUGGCAACCUAAGACAACGCUACUCAGAUCCACAGCGUGAAAAGAAACUUGCGCCUGUCUCAUCCUAAAUACAGCGUCUCCAAGCUUGUUUAAUGAUUAGUGUAAAUAAAACACGUGAAAACUUUAUCUUCAGCUGAAUAGGAUGUCGUUUUAUAUAAUUUAGGUAUAUCGCACUUGGUCAGCUGUGCCGUCGAGAGUAUGCAUUUCUCAGUCGAAUGAGUUCUGGCGACGGCAUUAGGUGACGAAUGGCAUUUGGGCGAAUGCCAUUUCGUUCGUCCGUGUGGCAGCGCGCGAAUGGCAUUAAAUCUGAAGGCAUUAGGAGGUAAAUGCCAUUUUCUGUGCCCGUGUGGCACGGGUAUGAGUUAAGACUUAACAGACAACUUAACAGACAAAAUAUUUUUGCCCUUUGCCUGUAUAACCUGGCUUUUUGUCCAAAAUUUGUUUACACUGCCCAUUACAGACAGGAACGAAUCAUAUUUUCUUCUUGCACUGUGUACUUAAAGGAGUACUGACACGAAAAUUUUCACUUGUCAUUUUUUUUUGCGUCAAUUGAAAAGUCAAGCACUCAAGAGCUUAGAAAAUGUACUGGUAAGUGUGAGUGCGCCCUGAAAAAUUAAUUACAACCUGCUUUUAAAAGUUAGUUUCAGUUCCUACUGUACCCUGACGUCACAGCACAGUACGAGCUUCUUGUCACGUGCUCGUGCUAGAUACCAUGAUGUUUCCAUGGCCACUCCGCUCUGUGGCUCCGUUCAUGACACACAAGCAGCCAUUUUGUAUUUUUUGGUUUCUGAUGUCUCCACAACUAGCCAUACUGGUUCGUGAAGUCACCAGAACUGAACCUCGGAUCAUGUUAAUGUCGAUAUGAGCAGGUGUGCCAUGUGAAAAUUCCCUUUAAUGUCAAAAAAUACUUUAUAAGCAUUUCCUGAGCCUCACAUUUGCUCAGAGCUGUCUCUGUAUACAGGAGGGUUGUAUGGCAGAGUAAAGUCAGUUUCAAAAAUUAAUGUCAGUACCCCUUUAAAAAGACGGGAGCACAGUAGAAAUCAUGAGAUUAAGGAGCCACCAACUAGCCCAAUUAAUCACUCUCUAGCAAUGAAAUAAAGUUUUUCUGUUGCAUUGGCCAUAUUGAAAUUGAUGGAAGAUUUACCAAUAAAACCCAGGCACCGACUCUUGCAUUUUUAUAGCCCCUUUUCAUAAAUAUGCCUCUGCUGUAUUGAAGUGUAAUGCAGAGCAGGCACUGAUUACAUUGCUGUUUGUAUUCAUCAAUAGGUUGAUAACCGGGUGUAGUUAUAAAGGAAGCAACAAAGCAAUUCUUUCAGUAUGAAGGAACAUGAAAGGUCUUAAGUUACACUCAUCAGGUGGCACUAGAAAUGCCUGCAGUACAAAACUAUGAAGCACCAACAUGCUACUAUAUCUGAUUGAAACACACAGAAAACUUGGGACACAUCUUAUUGCUAAUUGCAGAUCAUGUGUAGCCCCAAAAUUCAAUGUUACUAACGGGCUGUUGAAGCAGCCUUGACCUCAAACCUGAUAUGGAGCCCUUUGAUAAUCUUUUUUUGCUUGCAAUAUGACUCUGCUACAGCUUACUACGCUGCUCAGCAUCACUAUUAUCUGUUAUGGCGUCGGUUAAUGGGCACUGUCGUCAACAGGAAAAAGCCAACUUGUGUGCAUAAAUAACUACAUAAGCUUUUUAAGGUUUUCUACUGCUCUAUUACAGAAGUCUGAACAAUAAGCGGUGCAUUCAAGUGCCACAAUUCUUCAUAACUACGAGAACCAAAGCAAAUGCAAAUAUUUAAAAAGUAGUAAUAAUUACCAUUGCAUUGGUGUCAUGCUGCAAGAAUUUUUCACUGCCUUGAGUAAUCGCACCUGGUAAAAUGGGCCAUAUUGUGCAUAUGUUUUGUAUACGGUGAACAAAAAUAAAAAUAAAAAAAACUUGGAGAAAGUGUCAUGUAGUUACGCAGCUCCCAUUCCCUCUUCUUUUGCGGCCAAUUGGUGUGCUGGCUCCUGGGAAAAGGACCUGCUGAGUUGGUGGACCUUACAAGGCAGUGCUUGGUUAGUAGCAGCCCUUGGCAAAGCCCACAUCAUAUUAAUUAGUUUGUGCUAUGCUUUCGACCAAACUUAUGUCUCAUGUACACAAGGGGGCUAGAACUUGGCUUGGCUGUCAUGUGGAAAGGACAUUCUUUUCCCAUGAGCCUUAAUUUUUUUCUGAAUAGCCUUAAUGUUUUCCUGUGACACUCCCUACCAGUUUCUUUCCUUUCUUCAUGGCUUUGACACUAUGGUAACUGUACUGAAGUCUGUGCUAUUAAUGAUUUUAGAUUGUGCACCUUCUGGUUGUCACUUGAAUGCACCCCAUAUUGUGCCAGCUGAUGCAGUACUGUGGUAGAAAAAUUUACACAUAUUAUGAUAAUAUGUGUACAAGUUAUAGUACAGUUGACUGGUCACUUUCAAGAGCACUAGAGUGCCCUAAAUUUGAUUGACUAAGAUUGGGUGGCCCAGUUACAUUCAAAUAGCUUUUAUUUCGAAUGCCUUUCUCAGUCUUGGAGUGCUCUGCUCUGGUCUGAAUUUUCUGCAGCAAUGCCUCUAAGAUGUGACAAAGUUACAGUCAUGUGACCAUCCUUUGCCACCUUUUCAUCGUACCACUGCUGCCAUAGUGUCAGGCCAAGAAGCUUCUUCUGUGCCCACUCCUUGCAUCUGCUCAGAGAUGGCUCUGGUGUGCUUGCUCUGGUGUGGCCUAGAUGCGUGUCAGAUUCGACUUGUGCGACCCACACAGUCUUUUAGGUCAGAUUUCAAGCCUUGGCAGGGUCAACCACUCAAAUGUAUUAGGUAAAGGUGCCGUGCACCGAGAUAAAAAAAAAAAUUGCCGGCACAUCCGUCCUUUGGAGGUUGUCAGCAACAUUCAUACAGUUUGUAAUUUUGAAGAAAGGCACAAGGAGGGGGAAAGGAAGGAAAUGUGGGUAGGUUAGCUAGAUGCGAGUUCAGUUGCUACCCUAAACAGGAGAAGAGAGUUCAGGGAUUGAAAAAAAAAAAGGAGGAGGGAGGGAGGUGCUAUCAGUGCGAAACAUGUGGCUGUCCAUUAUGUCUACAAUUUCAUUAUGUUUCAGUAUCAGCUAUGCUUUCCAAGUUUGUGAUGUGUAAGGCCAUGGUCCAAGGACUUCUUGCUCUAAAUGUGGUUAUGACCUAGUCCAUUUAACAUGGUCCAAAACACAUUACAUUCAAUUUUAAAAUGAUCACAAAAAUGCAAUGCAUGUUCUAUCAUUUAUUUACACUUGCAUGAGUCGCAGAUGUGAGUGUCUGACAUUCCAAUAAGAGUAUGCUUUUGUGAAAGCCACUCCUAGCGAAAGGCGGCACAGUAAAGUUGUCACAGUGAAAGAGGUGCAAUGGAAUUUGCAGCUCCAUUGAUUAAUUCAGUCUAUGGAGAUGACAGCUUGAGACAACCAGAUUGCGCCAUGGGUGAGAGAGAAACAACUUUAAUAAAGUAAGGCUCCCUGGUUACUGUGAGUGGAGCCCCAGUGGCUAUUGUGGCUCGCCGGACCUGGUCAAGACUUAAGGGUCACCACUUUGCUUCCGCAGUCCAGUUUGAAGAGCCGCACCUCCCACGACCACAAGUGUCUUGGUGUGAGCAAGCAAACAAAGGCCUCUUGUGGAAUAUGUUCACUAAUAAGGGUUCACUAAUAAGGUAAUAAGGGGACCUGUCUGGGUUCUCUCAUGGGUCUACCAAGUGGCAUCAUUAGCAAUGUCGCUACCACUGAUGCCACAGUGCCCUGGCCGCCAUUGAAAAAUGAUAUUGCCAUGAACCUGACACAGCUGACAGCAACUUGGGAGAAGUAUGCUAUGCAUUUGGUUACUUGAUGAAGAAGAUGAUGGAGCUGUCAGAACAG